AUGGCAGGGGCAAUUCUUUGUGCACUUAACAUUAGGCUGGACUCUCCCACAUUAUCAUUGAUAUUACAACAGUUGGAGGCCAAAGCCAUUCUUGUAGAUCAUCAGUACAUUGAAGUUGUCCUCCAAGCACUGGACAUAUUGUCCCAAAAAAAGUCCAAUCCACCUCUGCUCAUUCUUAUCCCAGAGUUUGACCAAUCAUCAUCAUCAUCUUCUCCCAUUGAUCUUGACCUUCCACCAGGUACCCUGAAUUACAAUGACCUGCUGCAGGCAAAAGCAGAGCCCAACUUUCAGAUUCUAAGACCCAACAAUGAAUGUGACCCAAUUUCAGUGAGUUACACUUCUGGCUCAACUGGAAAUCCCAAGGGAGUUUUAUACAGCCACAGAGCUGUGUAUCUUAAUUCAUUGGCAGCCAUUUUUCAAAGUGACAUGAGAAAAAUGCCAGUGUUCUUAUGGACAGUCGAAAUGUUUCGGUGCAACGGUUGGUGCUUCCCUUGGGCUGUUGCUGCUCUUGGAGGCACCAACAUCUGCCUCAGAAAUGUCUCAGCCAAACUCAUUUUUGAAGCAAUUCAUCUCCACAAGGUAACACACAUGUGUGGUGCACCUUCUAUUUUGAACAUCCUAGCAGAUGCCUCAGAAAAUGACCAAACCAGGGGAAUAAAAUCAAGGGUGGAGAUUAUUGUUGCUGGUGCAUUGCCAGCACCUCAGAUCUUGACCAAGGUUGCAGAGCUGGGAUUCAAUGUGAGCCAUGGAUAUGGCAUGACAGAGGCUCUUGGGCCAGCAAUUGUCACACCAUGCAAGCCUGGUCAAAAGCAAUCUCAGUACAAUCUGAUGAUGGAAGGGGUUGAUGUGAAGGAUCCAAACACCAUGGAAAGUGUGGAAUUUGAUGGGAAAACAAUGGGGGAGAUUAUGUUCAGAGGCAACACUUUGAUGCUGGAUUAUCUAGAGAAUUCAAAACCAGUUCAUGAGGUUUUCAAGGGUGGAUGGUAUAGGACUGGUGACCUGGCAGUUAGGCAUCCAGAUGGAUACAUUCAGAUGAAAGACAGGGCAAGGGAUAUUAUCAUUUGUGGUGGUGAGGUUAUCAGCACCCUUGAGGUGGAGGCAGUUUUGCUGACUCAUCCACAGGUUUUGCAGGCUGCUGUUGUGGGGAGAUAUGAUGAGGUUUUGGGGGAGACUCCUUGUGGUUUUGUGAAGUUGAAGGAGGGGUUUGGUGGUGGUGGUGAAGCAAGUUCUAGAGAGAUUAUAGAGUUUUGUAAGGGGAAAUUGCCUGGUUUUAUGGUUCCAAAAGUUGUGAUAUUUGGGGAUUUGCCUAGCCCAACUGGGAAGAUACAAAAAUUUGUUCUGAGGGAGAAGGCCAAUCUUGUGGGAGGCCAAGAAUAA